AUGCCAGGUAAAAAGAAUCUUGUCGUUGCGAUAUCGAAUGCGAAUCAUCAGAAAGAUAUAAAUUAUAACAUCGAAUUAAAUCGUUGGCUCUUGAAGGCAAUUGGUACCUGGCCCAGAAACAAAAAUACGAGCUUGCUUGAUAUACUUUUCUCUCGAUUUUUAAACGUGCUACAUACAUCGUUAAUAAGUUUCCUUUUAAUCGGUACAGUUCUUUACAUACUCCUGGACGUACAGGAUAUUCAGGCGAAGCUAAAUAAAAUUGGUCCGGUCACGUUCACCAUUGCAACCUUGAUAAAAUAUUGGUUACUGAUAUUUCAUGAAAGUGAAAUUAAACAUUGCUUGGACCACAUAGAGAUCGAUUGGAAAGGGGUUAGGCGUCAGGAAGAUCGACGGAUUAUGCUUGAAAGCGCUCAUAUUGGUCGACGUAUCGUUGGAAUUUCCGCGUCUCUUAUAUUUGGCGCUUUAUUUCUAUAUCGUGUAAUAGUCCCCUUAAAUUCACCGAAAAUGGUAAUAGGUAACUUGACGUUCAGACCGUUAGCCUACCCCGUUUCAAAAGUUAUCAUCGAUACUCGUCAAACUCCGGCCAACGAGUUAAUUCUUUUAAUACAAUGCAUUUGUGGUUUCAUCAUGAGUGCUAUCACAGUGGGUUCCUGCAGUCUGGUAGCCAUUUGCUCUCUUCAUGCCUGUGGACAACUGAAAAUCUUAAUGCACUGGCUGAAUCAUCUCGUAAACGGGCAUAGCAAUGAAAAUGAUACUAUAGAUGAUCGAUUAAGAGACAUCGUUAAAAAACACGUGCGAGUAUUAAAGUACAUUGUUUCUUUUAUACCAGGUCUAAAAAUUUACACCGACGCUAUGAGCGACCGUCAUACAAGUGAUCUUGCAUUCUUCCAGUUUCAUCACAUGUACGGAAAAUUCUAUGGUUGGAAUCACAUCAGCACGAUCAAUAUGUUUGCCUAUAUCAUACUCCUCACAUCCUUUGUGUUUAAUAUAUUUAUCAUUUGUUAUAUUGGUGAACUACUUGCGCAUGAGUGCAAGAAAAUGGCAGAAUCGACUUACAUGAUCAAUUGGUAUCAACUUAAAGGAAAGAAAGCUCUCAGUCUCAUUCUAAUAAUUUCGAUGUCGUUAUCAUCGAGCAGACUCACUGCUGGGAAGUUCAUCGAAUUAUCUCUAAAAAGUUUCAGCGAUGUUAUCAAAACUUCGGUCGGUUAUUUGAAUAUGCUUCGUGCCAUUACAUCGUAA